UUUUAUCAUAAUCUACAAAGCUUGAUCUUACUUUUGUUACAAUCUCAGCUGCUAUGAGUUCCGAUGUCGAACAACUGCAGAAGAAGAAGAAGAAUCCAUCUCCUCGGUCGUUGUUAUCACUUCCAGAAGAAAUAGUUGUAAACUGUCUAGCCCGAAUAUGGAAAUCUUACUAUCCAAAACUCUCCCUAGUCUGCAAGACCUUUUGCUCUCUCAUCUUAUCCAUGGAGCUCUACGUGGCUAGAUUGGAACUUGAAACCCAUGAAAACGUCCUUCACGUCUGCUUACAGCUGCCCGAUAAAACCCGUACCUCGUGGUUUAGUCUCUGGUUAAAAUCUGACCAAACCCUAACCAACAACAUCGGUAAGACAAAGAAACAGAACUCUACCGGAAACACUUUGUUGGUACCAAUACCCUCGUCUUAUUCUCCACGUGUACCGAUGUUCACAUGUGCGGUUGGUUCAGAGUUAUACGCCAUCAGCAAAUACAAUAUUACUCCCUCCUCCGUCAUGUGGGUCCGUUGUGCGAGUACUUACUCGUGGCGUCAAGCCCCUAGCAUGACGGUAGCUAGAGCAAAUGCCGUUGCGUGUGUCUUUGAUGAUAAAAUUUACGUGAUGGGAGGUUGUCAUGCAGAUGAAUCCACGAAUUGGGCUGAGGUUUUCGAUCCAAAGACUCAAACAUGGGAACCCUUACCUGACCCUGGAGCUGAGCUACGUGUAUCUUUGAUUAAGAAAGUGGAGGUGAAACUAGGAAAGAUUUGCGUUAGGGGCAUUGAGGAGAUGGAUUAUGUUUAUGAUCCGAAAGAAGGCAAAUGGGAUGUUCCAGAAGCAUUUGUGAUCGAAAGUGAAUGCGAGAUAGAUAACGUAAGGUAUCAAUGUGGUAGACAAAGUUGCUUGUGGUAUGACAUAAAGCAUAAUGAAUGGAAAGCUGUUAAGGGUUUGGCUACAUUGAUGAAUCGUCGUUGUUAUUUUAUUGAAAUAGCUAACUACGGCGGGAAACUGUUGAUCUUGUGGGGAAAGUUUGCUCCGCCUCGUCGGCAAAACAAGAACAUUUGGUGUGCGGUGAUUGCGCUUGAAAGGAACAACGAUGAGGAAGUUUGGGGAAAGGUUGAAUGGACUAGUGUUGUCCUUACGGUUCCUAAAUCGUAUGUUUUCUUGCGUUUUGAAGUGAAGCCUGUUUGAUAAAUAUCUGUGGUCAUGCUUUUGUUUCGAGUCUGUUGAUUUGACCAUCGACAAUGCCUUUUUUCUGAUGGUUGUGUAUUGUUGGUUUUAUAUUUAGCUCUUAAACAAGCAGUUAUCUAAAAUAAGUGUACUAUAUUCAAAUAAUUUAUUGGCAACACGAAUGGGAAUACAUUCAGAUAUGGUCACCAUAGUAUACUGCCAUAGCUAGUGCAAUGGAUUUUGGAAUCGGUAUUAUGCUAGUUAACCACAUACCACAACAGCCCAUUAAGCUUUAAUUGGCGAAUAAGUGGAACUAGAUAGUGGAUAUCAACAGCCAAGGCAAAUUGGCCAUUUACACUGAAGAUGCAUAAAUGGGCGAGGUUUAUAAAAAAAAUAGUUGGGCAGUGGAACUACUUUGAGCCACCGGCUAACGUGUCUACUAAAAGGAAAAAAAAUCAUAUGAUGAUCACCUAGAAAAAUCUUGUGUGUACAAAAUCCACAGCCUCAUACUCAUCUUAUUCGAAAAUCAUUUUCAUAAACAAAUUAAUACACUUGACAUGUUUUGUUCUUCAUAUAAUUUUAUUGGUGAUCAAAAUUUCUAUCCCAUUUGGAGACCAGUGGUUGGUGAUACCAGUUAAACGUCGGAAAUUAAAAAGAACAAUACAAACUUUUUCUCCUACACUUCCACAUGGUCUCGUUGGAACGCAUGGUUCUUGCCAUCUCUUAUUUAUGUUUCUUUUUAUGGUUUUUGUACUUUCUUUAACCGUAUUCCCCCUUAAAUAAAAGUAUUACUUUCUUAUUUCCCUUGAUUUAAUUAGUUUAAAGCCCAUCAACCAUUCACUAAAUCAUUUAGACUUUGUAAACAAAUAAUUAUAACAAGUUAGAGAAGAUUGUCCAAGUAAAAUAUCGACACAUAAGUCCUGCUCCCUAUAAUGAGGGCAUCUGAGUCACAUGCUUCCACAUGCUGCCAAAGAGUUUGGAACUUCCCAUACACACAUAUAUAUAUUAUAUAUUAGAUGUGGUAUGCGUAUGAACACAACAUUCAGAGAACACGUGUUAGAAAGUCAUUCAUAAGAACACCUUAAGAUGAUCCCAGAUGGUUCAAGAAAAAAGGAAUCUUGGUCAUGUGAACUGUUCUUGGGGUUUCUAAUGAACAACUAUAAUAUAUAAUUUCUUUUACAUUGUAGAAUGUAGAUACAUCCAAUGAGGUAUUAUAUAAUACAUAGUACGCAAGUCUUGCUGGUCUUGGAUUUAAUUAAUUGAAGGGUUCAUUUACCUAAUUUUUAUUGUUUUGAUUAAUUGCUUAUUGUUUUACUUAUUACAAAUUUAGGAAACUUUCUAUGUGCUUCGUCUUUACACAUAUUUCUUAAAAUAUAUUUCGUUAAAACAUUAAAGAUAAUUACAUUUAACAAGAAAUACGAUUCGUGGAAUAUUUAUAUAUAUAAGUAGAACUUUUUGGAGAAUAGUCGAUUUGGGCAGGUUCCUUAGAAAUUUAAUCUCGGCUAUGUUUUUAUUGUGUUAAAGUGCUAACAUCUAUACUAUUAUUUGCGAAGUAAAUUUUUGGAAUCGAGCU